AUGUCGCAUCCCAGGUCGCGGUCCCCAUCAGUCCCCUCUGAGGGUGAGAUCGUCGAAUCAGGCCCAGAGACGAAGGCAACUGCGUCAGACACUCCUCUUAAUGGCACCAGUGUUGACCGUCCCACCAGAGAUAGCCCAUCUUCUGCACCCAGAUCUCCCGCGUCGUUGAAGAGAAAUCGAUCACCACCCCGGCCUAGCUCGCGCACCAGGUCCCCCUCGAGGUCCCGCUCUCGUUCCCCGUACGGAGAAAGCAAGACGCACAAGCGCAGUCGUGACGACGCCUACGAGUCCUAUGAUGGUGGCUACGACCGGAAGCCCCGUCACGAUCAACGCUACGGGUCUAGGUACGACGACAGACGCCGUGACAGACCCGCUCCUAAUCGGCGUCCGAACUCAUAUUACGACUAUGAUCGCGAAGAGAACCGCGGAGAAGCCCUACGAUACAGUGAUGAUUAUGACCGACGCAGGGAUGACAAGCAGCAGCGCCCCCGCAGCCGAUCCCCGUAUCGGGAACCACGAAAGCCCAAGCGGUAUUCAGGUGAUGAACUUGAUUCAAAUAUGGCUGAUUCCAAACCCCCAGUGGACACCAGAAGGCGCAACCCCACUGACAGGUUGGUGAGGGAACGAGGAAAGCCUUCCGUUGUCGCUCCAAUCUUGAAACGUGGUGCUGAAACACGAGAGAAUCAGGUGCAGGCUUCUUCUAAUCUACAGGCCCAUGUAGCUGACGAAGACUUGACGCCUAAUCCCGAGAUUGCGCCAGAGGUGGAGAUCGCCGAGCCUGUCAGCGAACUCGAUGCACUUGAAGCUCGCAGAAAACGCCGUGAAGCUAUUCGGGCAAAACACCGCAGCCAAGCGACGCCGUUGCAUCUCAAGGCAUUAAAUGUCGGGGAGGCCGACACGGAUUCAUCUAUGACUGGCUCUGAGCCAACCAGCGCGAAAGAAGCAUCUGGUGAGGUUUCCUUGGACAAUCUUUCUUCCGUAUCAACGAAGUUAACGGCGGUGAACUCGAUAGAUUCCCCUCAAGCAGCCCUUUACGAACAACCCGAGGACUCACUCCCUGCUCUCAAUAUCGGGAAAGACGUGGAUUUUGUCAGCCCCAAUGCCCCCGUUGUCGGUACUGAUGAACCUUCUGCUGCUGAUUACGAUCCAACCCUUGAUACAAAGAAGGAAAGACAGAAGCAUGGCAACGGCAAUGGCAGUGUGCAGGACGACAAGAAAGAUGUCUCAUCUGCAGCAUACGAUGAAACCAAGGCGGCCCGACAAGAUGUUCUCCUUCCUGAGGCAGCUCCAGCCCCACCGCCAAAAGCCGAUGCAUUUGAUAUGUUUGCCGAUGAUGACGAUGACAUGUUCGCCGAGGAAACGAAUGAAGUCCAGCCAGCGCAGGCAUUGGCCACAGCUGUACCCCAGGGUAAGGAGCUGGAUGUCAGCAUGAUGGACAACUGGGAUGAUUCAGAGGGCUAUUAUGCCGUUCGACUCGGAGAGCUGAUCAAUGGACGAUACCAUGUCCGCCAAAAGCUUGGCAAGGGAAUGUUCUCGUCUGUUGUGCGUGCCACCGACACCAAGACAGGAGGCAUGGUCGCCGUCAAGAUCAUUCGACAGAAUGCCAUAAUGCGCAAAGCCGGUAUGAAAGAGAUUGGCAUUCUGGAACAGCUACAAGAAGCCGACCCGGAGCAUAAGAUGCAUAUUGUCAAGUUCGAGCGAUCCUUCGAUCACAAAGGCCACUUGUGCAUGGUGUUUGAAAACCUUAACAUGGAUUUGCGUGAGGUCCUGAAGAAGUUUGGCAGGGACAUUGGCUUGAAUUUGCGCGCAGUUCGGGCCUACGGCCAACAAAUCUUCCUUGGAUUGAGUCACCUUCGCCGCAAUCACAUCCUCCAUGCAGAUCUCAAGCCGGAUAACCUUCUUGUGAAUGAGCAACGCAACAUAUUGAAAGUUUGUGACCUGGGUUCGGCGUCUCCGGCCUCCGACAACGAGAUCACGCCUUACCUGGUCAGUCGUUUCUAUCGUGCCCCGGAGAUCAUCCUGGGCAUCCCAUACGAUUACGCCAUUGAUGUCUGGUCGAUUGGCUGUACUCUUUUCGAGUUGUACACGGGCAAAAUUCUAUUCACCGGCCGAAACAACAACCAGAUGCUCCGUGCCAUCAUGGAGUGCCGGGGCAAGUACCCGCCGAAGCUUCUCCGCCGCGGAACCCUGGCGCCCCAUCACUUUGAUGACAUGUUCAACUUCCACAGCGUGGAGGAAGAUAAGAUCACCGGCCGCCUCCACACCAAGAUGAUGGAUUUCAAGAAACCCACGCGUGACCUGAAGACACGCCUCAUGGCACAGGGCACACGCGGAAUGCCCGAGGCCGAGGUCAAAGAACUGACCCUGUUCCUGGACCUGCUGGAUCGUUGUUUGAGCCUCAACCCGGAGAAACGAAUCACACCGAACGAGGCGUUGAAACAUCCGUUCCUGGCGCCCCGAGCGUAA